AUGUCGGCCCCUUCUCUCACCAGCUACAUCGUCAAGCGCCCGUGGCUUAAGAACUGGAUGAUGCCUCUGGCCAACUGGUACACCGAUGCCGCCGGCUACAGAAGACUCGGACUGAAGUUCGACGAUCUGAUCCCCGAGGAGAGCGAGACUGUCCAGAAGGCCAUCCACCGUCUUCCCCCCAAGGAGGCCUACGACCGUGUGUUCCGUAUCCGCAGAGCUUUCCAGUGCUCCGUGUCGCACACCCUCCUCCCCGCUGCUGAGCAGACCAAGCCCGAGGAUGAUGUCGAAUAUCUGAGCCCGAUCAUCCGCGAGAUCGAGAAAGAGGCCAAGGAGCGCGAGGAGCUGGACAACCUGGUUGUCAGACGGUAA